AUGGUCGCGACUGGAGGAUUAUAUGCACCGACCAUCCGGCAUCAUAACGGUGUGACCUAUAUCAUUUGCACAAACGUUGUUCACAGUACCUCCAACAAGUUUGGUGACGAACACAGCGAGCAGUUCAUCAUCCAUACCACUGAUAUUCGGUCAGGCAACUGGUCUGACCCAAUUUUAUUCCCUUUCUCGCCAGGCAUUGAUCCCUCUUUGCUCUUUGAUGACGACAAUAAGGUUUACGUGCAAGCAUGCAAAGUCGGGCCGAAAUUCCAAAUCUUCAACUUUGAGAUCGACAUCACCACUGGAAAAUUGUUGACAGAGCCGGCCCUUAUCUGGGAUGGAUGGGCAGGCAGCUUCACAGAAGGUCCGCACAUCUACAAAAAGGAUGGUUGGUAUUAUCUUUCGUGUGCAGAAGGAGGCACUUUUAAACACCAUAUGCUGAGCAUCGCCCGAUCCAAGAGCAUUUGGGGUCCAUACGAGUCGUAUGGCGGAAAUCCGCUAUACAGUGCGGAUGGUACUGAUGAGUACGUUCAAAACACUGGGCAUGGUGAUUUUUUCCAGGACAAAAGUGGAAAAUGGUGGGUUGUGAUGCUUGGAGUGCGCAUGGACGAGGGACGAGCGAUUAUGGGACGCGAGAGCUUUCUGGCUGCUGUCAAUUGGCCCGCGAACGAGUGGCCCAGCAUCGAUGCUGUGGUUGCCCGCCGGGACUUGCCAUCUCUACCGGGGCAGCCAGAAGCCGAUCCAUUCACUCUUCCAUCUACCCUCUUAGCUACAUGGGUCUACUUGAGAGACCCUAUACUGGAGGACUAUGAUAUCCAGGGUAACCAAGUCAUAAUGCACGCCCGACCAGCCGGACUCAACUUAGCUGAACAAGUUGUGAGCUUUGUUGGACAGCGACAACGGCGACUUGUCGGGACAGCAAGUGUGGCUCUACGUCGUCCUGAACCAAGCCAGACUAGUCAAGACGCUGUCUCUAGGGCCGGAUUGGCAUUCUACAAGGAUGAGCAUCGCUUCUUAUCGAUUGCGUACGACUUCCAGGCAGGACAAGCUGUCUUCGAAGGGCAGAACCCGGCCAAAUCUUACAAAGUCCAACAAACUCAACAGCUCAAACUUCAAGACACGAUUCAAUUCCAAAUCAGGUAUACGGAGCGGAGUCUCGGGUUCUUCAUUCGCAGUUCUGAGGACCAUUGGCAAUACAUGGAAGAGGUGGACACUUUGAUGAUGACCGACUUCGACUUCACUGGUCCGGUGAUAGGGAUCUUUGCUGUCGGCGAUGGGGGUGAAGUGCGAUUUACCGAUUUUCAGAUUGACACUGUCCCGGACCUUGAUGCUUAG